CUUAUAGAUCAAGUGAUGGAGCAUGCAAACAAUAAUCAUCAAAAUUUCAAGCGACUUACCAAUAAAAUACGACAAUUCGGUAUAGAUCGAGCUAAGGAAUGGGAUGAGUGCGAUAAAAUGACUAGAAAUAUUCUCGAUCAACAAGAAAAAAUGGCAGCUGCUACGGGGUUAUUCUGUGAUCAAUCAAUGUUCUAA